AUGGGAAACCAAAGCGAAAAAAAAAUAGCUUCAUUUAAAUAAAAAGUCAUUGGUUAUUACUUUUACCCAACAACAGGAAUUUGCACUUUAUUUUUGCUUGCCAAUUUGUAUUGUGGUUAUGCAUUAACAAUUUGGGGUGCUAUAGUAAUUUCUAUAAUUACUUUUAUUCAAUACUUUUGUUAUAAUUAGAUAAGCAAGUCAUUAGAGUUUGGUUUGGAUACAGAUUCAUAUUCCAUUUACAUAGAUAUAUUAGUUUUAAAUGGAGUCAUUUAACUUGGCAGCAUUAUAUUUGAUGUUUUUUGGUAUGGUUAUUGGAUUAUCCCAUUAAUAUUGCUAUAUAAAGGUUCCCUAAUUAUUUGGGGAUGGUUACAAAAACCCCAAUAUGCUGAGGAGGAUAAAAAAGAUAAAAAGAAAAAAGAAAAUAAACCUAAAGUAAAAUAUGUUAAAUGAAUAUUAAUAUGCAUAAAUAUUUGUUAUAUAUCAAUCAUUCUA